CAGGAUAACUCCAUAUUCGUUUACGUCACACGAAGAUUUUACCGCUGAGGAGGCUCAAGAGACUGCUGAUGAAGCAGGAUCCGUGAUACUAGCAGAAUCUCCAUUAAGUAUGCCAGAAUCAUAUUUGACUUUAGAACGGCCAACAACGUCGGUCACAAACAUGCAAGAAGAUUUUAACCAACAAAGAACAGUUGAGUGCUUUGUGUUAACUGCAGUCCAAACUGAAGCGAAAACCACAACUCCUGAAUCUACGCCCGAGGCAACUCCCUCCCUAUUGAGAACAUGUCUUCCUCACAGGGGUGGUAAAACAAGUGAACAGAAUCAAGACAUCAGUAUGGCUGAAAUUAAAACUAUUUGCUCUGAAGAACAGAAUGAAAUUGUUAUGGAAAUGAACGAGGGAUCUGUUCAACAGAGACGUGAAGGAACAGGGACGUUACAAUCACUUGACGCCCUUGGACAGAAUAGAGUAGUAUCCGACACCAUCCAAAGAAGGGUCUCUUCGGAAGAUUAUCUUCAACCGGUGGACAACAAUAGACUGCAAGUCGCUAUUAAGUCGCUGUCAAGUCGGCUCAACCUUCCUAACCAAUCAAAUCACCUCAUUCCUGUAGCGAGGACUUAUCACGCAAAGCGACACGGUUAUCAGAACGAAAAAUUCUCAGACACUCCUUACCAGAAUUCAUUGCGGCCUACUAACAGUGUGGAGUCUCCAUACACGCGCGUGCUCUGUGACACUAACUGGGAGGUACCAAAAGAUCAUUUGUCAUUGAUUGAAGAGAUUGGCGGUGGCUCAUUUGGUCAAGUGUGGAAGGGCGCGAUGCUUGAUGCGGCUGGCGCUCAAGGCUGGUCAAUUGUGGCCGUUAAAAUGCUAAAGGAAAAUUCGUCACUUUCAGAUCUCAGGGAUCUCUUGUCUGAGCUUGACUUGCUGAAGAAACUUAAACCUCAUCCAAACGUGAUACAAUUGAAGGGAUGUUUGACCAAGGAUGUUAUUCGUUGUAAAGGACAAAGGGAUUUUAGUAAGUGACAAAAUCUGUGCGUACAAACUACUUGUGAA